GAGGAGGAGAGCGUGUGGGAGAGACGCCACAUGGCAGCAUGGCGUCUCCAGGGCAAGUCCUGUGUCUCCUCACACUCUCCUAUGUAGCUGUCGGUAAAGCUCAGGAACCGCCAGUGUGGGCGCACCUGUACACCGGGCCCGACCAAACGGGUGCGCGCCUCACCACCGAGGACUACCUGAAUGACCUUCUCCUACAAGACUUCGACGACAAGGCCUCGUCCUACUGCGUCUCCGGAGUGCUCACGGCCGUCCCCCCCCAGCUGGCUCCUGUACGAGCGCCCCGACUUCGACGCGGCGGGCGCGGGCGCGGCGGCCGUGGUGGCGGGCGAGGGGGGCUGUGCCAAUGCGCCUCCGGAGCUCAGCAAGAAGGUAAGCAGCCUGAGGCAGGCUGGUUCCCCGAUCUCGCCGGCGCGGCCCUCGCUCACCCUCUACGGCCGCAGCAACUUCCGCGGGCAGGAGCUGUAUCUGACCAGGAGUCUGUCCAACUUCGGUCCGUUUAAGGAUGAGGCCUACUCAGCCAUCGUCACCGGCGACAUCCCGUGGACAGUCUAUACGUAUGACGACUUCCAGGGAGCGGGAACCUGCCUGGAGCCGCAGCAGUGGGUGACGGUGGGAGGCGAGGCGGUCGGGGUCGGUUUGUUCCCCACGUAUCACGAGCUCGGCAGUUCGGGGGCCCUACGGAGUGCCAGGCUGGGGUGCGAGGCCAGGCAGAGCACGGACCAGACGAAGGCCGUGCGAGGGGCGGACCAGAAGGGGGAGCAGACGACAGAGGAGCAAGAACCGCGAGAGGAAGGAAUAUCUUUCUUUUUUCCUUCGUCGGCCUCAUGACUGUUCUGUUAGACGCAGUUUUGUGCCUUUUCCGGACGCACAUCUACAUUCAUUUAAAUAAAAGUUUUCGGCUUUUCAAAUUUC